AAUGCGACUCCAUUCUGAUCUAAAACGAACUGCAGGCGGUGCAGUAUAGUCUUUGAAUUGGAUAGGGUUUAUUCAUAAUUAUAUAUAUUUUUCUCGAUGAUAUAAAUCAUAUAUUUUAAAUGAAAGGACCGAAAAUUUAGGUCUCUAGAUGCGAAUAUGCUAACAGAUUAAUAUGACUUCCACUUUUCCUAAAAAUGCAGAUAGAGGCUUCCACCAAAGAUAUGUGUUCUGUGGGUGAUGAUGAUACACUUUUUCUGGAAGAGGGUCUUCUUCAGGAUGAAGUGAGUGACCAAUACACAGGGGAUGGCUCAGUUGACUUCAAAGGGAGGCCUGUUCUUAAGAAGAAUACUGGCAAUUGGAGAGCUUGCCCAUUCAUCCUAGGCAAUGAAUGUUGUGAACGUUUGGCUUUCUUUGGUAUUGCAACAAAUCUUGUUACCUAUCUCACCACCAAACUACAUGAAGGAAAUGUUUCUGCUGCAAGAAAUAUCAGCCUAUGGCAAGGCACUUGUUAUCUUACACCUCUAAUUGGAGCUGUACUAGCAGAUGGUUACUGGGGUCGAUACUGGACAAUUGCAGUUUUCUCCAUGAUUUAUUUCAUUGGGAUGUGUAUCUUGACACUUUCUGCAUCUGUGGCAGCUUUGAGUCCUGCUGAAUGUGUGGGUUCUGUGUGCCCUUCAGCAACAACUACACAAUAUGCUGUGUUCUACUUUGGUCUAUAUGUGAUUGCACUUGGAACUGGUGGUGUAAAAUCAUGUGUGCCAUCUUUUGGGGCAGAUCAAUUUGAUGAUACUGAUUCCAAGGAAAGGGGUAGAAAGGGAUCUUUUUUCAAUUGGUAUUACUUUUCUAUCGACCUAGGCGCUGUUGUAUCAUGCAGCUUCAUUGUGUGGAUUCAAGACAAUGCAGGAUGGGGUCUUGGAUUUGGCAUUCCUGCUUUAUUUAUGGGAUUAUCUAUUGGAUGCUUCUUUUUAGGCACACCUCUCUACAGGUUUCAAGUACCAGAGGGAAGCCCUUUUACAAGAAUGUUCCAGGUUUUGUUUGCAUCUGUCCGCAAGUGGAAUUUGGUUGUCCCUGAGGAUAGUAGUCUCCUAUAUGAGACACCAGAUGAGAAAUCUGCUGUUGUAGGGACUCGCAAACUGGUGCAUAGUGAUGAUCUGAGGUGUCUUGAUAAAGCAGCUAUAGUGUCGGAUUAUGAGAGUAAAAGUGGUGACUAUCCUAAUCCAUGGAGACUUUGCACCGUGACACAGGUGGAAGAAUUGAAACUCUUGAUCCGCAUCUUUCCAAUUUGGGCUACUGGCAUAAUUUUUUCUGCCGUUUAUGCCCAGAUGUCAACAUUGUUUGUGGAGCAAGGAACAAUGAUGGACACAAGCAUUGGUUCCUUCAAAUUACCCCCAGCUUCCCUCACAACUUUUGAUGUGGUAAGUGUUGUUUUGUGGGUCCCUCUCUAUGACAGGAUAAUUGUUCCCAUUACAAGGAAAUUUACUGGCAAGGAGAGAGGUUUUUCAAAGUUGCAAAGAAUGGGAAUUGGCCUUUUUAUUUCAGUCCUGUGCAUGUUAGCAGCUGCUGUUGUGGAGAUUAUGCGUUUGCAGCUUGCAAGAGAACUUGACCUUGUUGAUGAACCUGUUGCUGUACCCCUUAGUAUAUUUUGGCAAAUUCCUCAGUACUUUUUAUUGGGGGCAGCUGAAGUAUUCACAUUUAUUGGGCAGCUUGACUUCUUGUAUGACCAAUGUCCAGAUUCUAUGAGGACUUUAGGUGCUGCACUGUCACUGCUGAAUUUUUCAUUGGGAAAUUACUUGAGUUCUUUCAUUCUUACUAUAGUAACUUAUUUCACCACACAAGGUGGAAAGCUUGGAUGGAUUCCAGAUAACUUGAACAAAGGUCAUGUUGAUUACUUUUUCUUGCUUUUAGCUGGCCUUAGCUUCUUAAAUAUGUUGCUGUACAUAGUUGCUGCCAAAAGGUACAAGCAAAAGAAGGCUUCUUAAGAAUUUUCAUGGUUCAGGCAUUUAUUAGUAGUGGAAGCAUGUGCUGAGGUUUCCUAGGGUCAUUGUCAUGAUUAUUGUGUAUGUAUAUAUGUCCUGCAGUUAUGUACACUUCAUCCAUUUAUUUGGGUUAAAUGUGGCCCUGACCCUUCUCACAACACCUCUAACUUUAAGUGAGGACUGAGAAGGUUACUUGAUAUACACAUAUAUAUAGGACUUCAGAUUAUUGGACUCAAUAAAAAGUUUGACAUUUUAUGUAUAUAAUGUAUAUAUUCUGUUGUUUGUGGUCAUUGUGUUGAUUUACGGGAACAAAAAGCAAGGGGAAUGAACUCCCGGCAUAAAAGUAGCUCACAGCACAACAUGAGUCAUAAAAAAUUUGCUACUUUUUUUAGAGUGGUGGCAAACUAUUGAACAACACAGUUCAUUAUAGCCUUAUUAGCCCGGUUCUAAAUUUGCCUUCAACAAUUAAGAAUAAUGCUAAAUUAAAUUUUUAAUCAGUGUACAAGAAUAUUUUUCCAUGCUUUGAUGUAUUCUACUAUUUCUUCCUAUUCAGUUGUAAACAAGUUUUUCUACGUAGUUCACUUUUGGUCGUUAUCCCAUGGACUAGAGACACCCAAUGGUCUAAAAUACUGUUAAACAAACCUUUAGGAGCUUCGAUAUUGAUUGUUAAUUUUAGGUCAUUAAGCAAACGAGAAUUACUCUGACAUCUGUUUCAAAAACCUACGAAACGUUUUCCGGUCGUAAAUAUACAGCGAACAAGUUCUCAACUUCGUUUCAAACUCACCAAAGAGAUUUCUGAAUUGGGUUUCAACUUUUUACCUACCAUUCUUUGUAGACAUUAAUGUUAUAAAAAUUGAAUGCGGAUGAUGACGGGCUCUCACGAGACAUUUAAAAUUAUAUCAUCCUUUAUUCGACAACACUUAAAUUAAAUCUCUUCGUUGGUUGAGAUAGUAGAGAAUACAAUGGAACCUUUGGACGAACUCAGAUCACUGUUGGAAGAUGGUCUUCUUCAGGUUCAUACUUAGCAUGCUGCACAUCUGUAUAUUACAUUUAAUCGUCAUGUUGAUACUUAUCUUCACUUU